CUCCAACCUCUCAGUCAACGGAAAUACGAUAAUCUUGCAAAAUGCCACACCCUUCCGAUGUCGAAGUGGAAGUUCAGGCUUCCAACGCUGCUCAACUGGCUGGCGCCUACGCCUUUCGCCAGGUACGCGAUGGCGAUCACUGGUAUGGCGAAAUGAAAUCCAACGCCACUAUCACCUCCGAAUACGUGUUCCUGGCCCAAGCCUUGGGCAUAGACCUAAAACCAGACCAGGAGGACCUCACCAAGUAUUUGCUAUCCGAGCAGAAUUCGGACGGAUCCUGGAGUCUCGCGUUCGACUAUCCCGGCGAUGUCUCCACAACCACCGAGGCGUACUUCGCCCUGGCACUGCUCGGUGUGGAUAAACAGAAUCCAGCGAUGUGCGCCGCUCGCGACUUCGUCCUGCAGAAAGGAGGGGUUGAGAAAGUGCGCGUGUUUACUCGCAUGUUUUUGGCGGUUUUUGGGCUGUUUCCCUGGGCGGCCGUGCCCGAGCUGCCUGCAGAGUUGACCCUCCUACCCUCGUCCGCGCCUCUCAGCAUAUAUAGGCUCGCGAGCUGGGCCCGAGGGACCGUGAUCCCGAUGCUGGUCAUCCGGCACCACUGUCCAAUAUACGCGCUUCCGAACGGAAGAUCUGAAUGCAAUGAUUACUUGGACGAGCUCUGGGUCAACCCCGACGACAAGAUGGUUCCAUACGCGCCAUCGCUGUCGACAUUACUGCGGCGCAGAGACGUGACCGGUCUGGGAUUCACGGUGGCCGAUUACGUUCUGAAAGCCCUGAACGGCUUGCGAUGGAGUCCCACUCGAAAGCCCGCCCUCCAGAAAUGUGUCAGCUGGAUCCUGGAGCGCCAGGAGCCUGAAGGCGAUAUGGGUGGCAUCUUCCCCCCGCUGCACGCUGCAAUGUUUGCCCUCACGCUGGAAGGGUACGGCCUCGAGUCCAGCCCAGUGCGCCGGGGGAUUCAUGCGCUGCAAAAUACCUACGCCUGGAGAGACGGCAGUGGCUUGAGAAUGCAAGGCUGCAUCUCGCCAGUUUGGGACACCAUCUUGAUGACUACCGGACUAAUUGACUCUGGCCUGCCGUAUCAGAGCUCCUACACAACAAAAUCAAUGCAAUUCCUCAAAGCAAGACAGCAGCUGGGACCGGAGGGCGACUGGCGGGUCUAUAACCCGAAACUCGCACCUGGCGGAUUCAGCUUCGAAUACUUCAAUUCGUGGUAUCCAGAUAUUGAUGACACCGCGGCAGCAGUUCUAGCCAUGGUGAAGCAAGAUCCUGCUUUGUCAGACAUGUCCCCAAUCCUCUCUGCCGUCCAGUGGAUUCUGGGAAUGCAAAACAGUGACGGCGGCUGGGGUGCAUUUGACCUCAACAACAACUACUUGUUUUUGAAUAAGAUCCCAUUCAGUGACAUGGAAAGCUUCUGCGACCCUUCCACUGCCGACGUCACCGGCCGUGUCCUUGAAUGUUUCGGAUUACUGGUGCAGAAGGCCUCCACACGAUCCGACCCUGAUAAGCAGCCCGUUCCCCCAGAGCUCAUAAGUAGAAUGGAGGUCGCCACGAAGCGAGCUGUGAAUUUCCUUUCCGACGAACAAAAACCAGACGGGCCCUGGUUUGGUCGCUGGGGGUCGAACUACAUUUAUGGCACCAGCACAGUCCUCUGCGCCUUGGUAUACCAUGUGGGGGAUUGGAAUUCAGAUGAGUCUGGUACUGUGGCCCGCAAGAAAUGCAGCAGCCGGGGAGUAAACAUCCGCGCUGCCUUGAAAUGGCUGCAAUGGGCGCAAAACUCAGACGGGGGCUGGGGAGAGAGACUGGAGACCUAUCGAGACCCCAGUCUAGCUGCGCAGGGCCCAUCGACCGCGUCACAGACUGCUUGGGCGCUGAUGGGCCUCCUGGCUUAUCUGCCGGCUACUGAUCCCUCCAUUCGACGAGGUAUCCAGUAUCUUGCGCGAACGCAGAUCAAAGAGGGCGAUCGCUCGGGGUCUUGGAACGAACGCCACUAUACUGGAACGGGGUUCCCCAACCAUUUUUACCUCUGCUAUACCCUUUACUCGCAAUACUUCCCCAUGAUGGCCUUGGGGCGGUACUCGAGUCUCUGCGGUUUGCGCCCGCUUCAAAGCUCACAUCUAUGAAAGACGAUCGGCGAGCUGUGUAAAUAAGGGAAAGUGGGAAGAUGGAUGCCUAACUUACCCAUCCCAUGUUUACUCGAAAAACAAAUCAACAAAUAUAUUGUCG